GAAGCUCGCGGACUUCUUCCGCGGGUGCGGAACGAGGCUGCGGGACCAUGGCGAGCGGUGGGCGUUCGACUGGCGGCAGCGCGGUCGGGCGGCGGCUGCAUUCUGCGCAGGCCGCAGAUGUAGCCUCGGCUUCCAGCUUCCGGGCCUUCGAAAUGCUGCACUUGCACCUGGACCUCCGGGCUGAGUUCGGACCGCCGGGGUCGGGCCCCGGAAGCCGGGCGCUGAGCGGCAUGGCGGUCUUGGAGCUGCGCUGCCUGGCGCCCGAGAACGCCACCGAGCUGAGGCUCGACUCGCACCCAUGCCUCGAGGUGACGGCGGCGGCGCUGCGGCGGGAGCGGCCCGGCUCCGAGGAGCCGUCCGCGGAGCCCGUGCCCUUCCACACGCGGCCGUUCUCGCGCUACGGCCAGGCCCUGUGCGUGGCCCUCCCGCAGCCCUGCCGCGCGGGCGAGUGCUUCCAAGUGCAGCUCACCUAUCGCGUCGGGGAGGGACCCGGGGUUUGCUGGUUGGCUCCUGAGCAGACAGCAGAAAAGAAGAAGCCCUUUGUCUACACCCAAGGUCAGGCUGUCCUAAACCGGGCCUUCUUCCCUUGCUUCGACACUCCAGCAGUGAAGUAUAAAUACUCAGCCCUUAUUGAGGUCCCAGAUGGCUUCACAGCUGUGAUGAGUGCUAACACCUGGGAGAAGAGAGGUCCAAAUAAGUUCUUCUUCCAGAUGUCUCAGCCCAUUCCCUCCUAUCUGAUAGCUUUGGCCAUCGGAGAUCUGGUUUCGGCUGAAGUUGGACCCAGGAGCCGUGUGUGGGCGGAGCCCUGUCUGAUAGAGGCCGCAAAGGAGGAGUACAACGGGGUGAUAGAAGAAUUUUUGGCAACAGGAGAAAAACUUUUCGGACCCUACGUCUGGGGAAGGUACGACCUGCUUUUCAUGCCACCGUCCUUUCCAUUUGGAGGAAUGGAGAACCCUUGCCUGACUUUUGUCACCCCCUGCCUGCUGGCAGGGGACCGCUCCUUGGCUGAUGUCAUCAUCCAUGAGAUCUCCCACAGCUGGUUUGGGAACCUGGUCACCAAUGCCAACUGGGGGGAAUUCUGGCUCAAUGAAGGCUUCACCAUGUAUGCCCAGAGGAGGAUCUCCACUCUCCUCUUCGGGUCUGCUUACACCUGCUUGGAAGCUGCAACAGGGCGGGCUCUGCUGCGGCAGCACAUGGACAUCACUGGAGAGGAUCACCCACUCAACAAGCUCCGAGUGAAGAUUGAACCAGGCGUUGACCCAGAUGAUACCUACAAUGAGACCCCCUAUGAGAAAGGUUUCUGCUUUGUCUCAUACCUGGCCCACUUGGUGGGUGAUCAGGAUCAGUUUGACAAUUUUCUCAAGGCUUAUGUUGAUGAAUUUAAAUUCCAAAGUAUCUUAGCUGAUGACUUCCUGGAAUUCUACUUGGAAUAUUUCCCUGAGCUUAAGAAAAGGAAAGUGGAUUCCAUUCCAGGUUUUGAGUUUGAUCGAUGGCUGAAUACUCCUGGCUGGCCUCCCUACCUCCCUGAUCUCUCCCCUGGAGACUUACUCAUGAAGCCUGCUGAAGAGCUAGCCCAGCUGUGGGUUAUGAAGGAGCUAGAUAUGGAGGCCAUCAAAGCUGUGGCUCUCUCUAACUGGAAGACCUACCAGUUGGUCUACUUCCUAGAUAAGAUCCUCCAGAAAUCACCUCUCCCUCCUGGGAAUGUGAAAAAACUUGGAGAGACAUAUCCAAAGAUCUCAGAUGCCCGGAAUGCAGAGCUACGGCUACGAUGGGGCCAAAUCAUCCUUAAGAACGACCACCAGGAAGAUUUCUGGAAAGUGAAGGAUUUUCUGCAGAGCCAGGGGAAGCAGAAGUAUACCCUCCCGCUGUACCGUGCGAUGAUGAGUGGCAGUGAGGCAGCCCGGGCCCUCGCCAAGGAGACCUUUGUGUCUACUGCCUCCCAGCUCCACAGCAACGUCGUCAACUACGUCCGGCAGAUUGUGGAGCCCAAGGGCAGUUAGAGGCUCCUGUGUGCAGCCUCUGCCCCUUUAAGACUGCAGAUGUUCAAAAUAAUUGUUGCCAAAUUCCAGUUCCUCAGUCAACUCUCUGAAGUUCAUAUUCCCUCAGGUGGGCUUAGAUGUGUAUGACCUUUUGGACCUCUGCUGUGGUGGGAACAUCUCUGGGAUGUUGAGUCCCAAGACCAGAGAACUUCCCAUAGCUCCUCAGCAUUCAGGCUGCUAGGUUUGGUGGGUACAGUCUUCUCCAUCUUUCCCACUUAAGUCUCCAGGGAGGAGCAGUGAGGAUUUUCUUUUUUUAGUUUAUUUUUAUUUUUAUUUUUUUGCUGAUUCUUCAAGUACUGUGCAAAGGGCUGGCAUUUGGUAAUUCUUUUUCCAGGUUUAACCUUUAUUUUAAUAAAUGUUUUUCAGUGAAAAGUAUUUCAGUUGGAA